AUCAUAAAGACAGUCACUUGUCACCUCCUACUGGCAUAACAAUGUAAUCUGCACUGAAGUCACUGUAAAAUCCCCACCAGUAAUGCUGCCUUCAUGUGCUAUCGGAAAUUUGAUAAUUCCUACUUCUUUUACGAGCUCAUUGCAAUCAAGUUGAAAUGGGAAGGCGUUCCUGUGCAAUUUUUUUACCUAGGAAACUCGUAUUUAUGAUAAUUCCAAGAGCACGUGAGGCAGCAAUAAUACACAGACUGACAGCCUGUCUAGAACGUCCCACAAAAAGAAUCCCUGGUGAAAAUUGUUGUUAGAACAUCAGUAUUCUUGGAAGACCUCUCGUCCAAUCAGAUUUGAGGACCGGAAGUCCGGAUCUAACUCUUAUAUGCUGAAAAUAAAAUCUCUAACAAGAUAAAAUGAAUAAUUUUUUUUUUAUCUCUUUAAAGAGUGGUGGAAGUGACAGUGUGUUCCGCUGACUUUAGAUAAUCUCGCCUCAUGUUGAGGACAGCAAUAGCUAGUAAAACUUUGACCUGCCAUUUAUAAACAUUAGACCUAAAAUUAUGACAUACAUUUUUAAAUUAAAUAAAUCCAAUUAAACAAAUAAAUACAAGUACUUACUUUUCCAGAGUGCAACACUCUUUUUGGUCACUUUCUGUAUAUAAUUAAAUCACAAUUUGAAUAGCAUUUUUUCAUGAUACUAAAUGGAACAUGUGCAUAUGACUGUGAACUCAGUGCUGAUGCAUAAACAGAUAAAGAGAUGGAAUGCUGACUACAUAAUUUAUGACAGUAUGCAUAGAUUAUGUUUUUUUACGUCUAAAGAACUUCACAACAUUUGUAAAACUUUUGUUUUUGGACCAACAAGGAAGUUUUAAGAUCUGAAACUUGCAGUAUGCUUUUAUAGCACAAAUGACCUCUUAUAUGUCAAAAGAACAAGGAAAGUUUUAUUUCUCAAUUCAUGACUCCUUUUACUAGUUUUUGAUGAGCAAUGCUGGUGUGUUGUCAUGUUUGUUCUUGUUUUGAUUCAUGUCUUUUAUUAUGUCAUGUCUUUUAAUUUGAAGUUUUUUCCUGUUCAUAGACCAGUCUUGUUCAUUGUUUCCUGUCCCUCAUCUUCCCCAUUCCUGUCUUGAUUGUGUUCAGGUGUUCCUUGUUUGCAUCAUUAGUUCUGUUGCGUAUUCAUAGCCCACAUGUUUCCUUUGACUGGUGUGUAUCUUUGGCUUUAUUUAACCCUCUUCUUUGGCUGUGAGCUCUUUUGAGUGGUGCCAUGACCAGCCAGGGUGGUGACCAUGCAGACACACUAAGCCCCCCAACUUCUUCCUCUUCCUCUUCUCGGCCCGCAGCAGCCCGUAAGGUGCAGGUGCAGCGCUCGCUCUCCCGAGAUACUAUUACCAUACACUUUUCUGCCAAAGGAAAUGAGGAAGAGGAGGAGGAAGAGGAGCUCUACAGGCUAGCUGAUUCCCCUUCUGGUCUUGAAACUGAAGAUCAGGGUGUAGUCACAGCUCAGGAGGCCAGUGAGGACCUUCUCUCUGAAGGGCUGGGAUUGGACAUGGUUACAGGACCAUCAUCCCAGACCCACAGUUCAGCCUUGGCUAUCCAGCACCCCUCCAUUAGCCUGGCUUGCACGUCCAUUUCUGGUCUCGUUAGCUCUUCAUGGCCCUCUGAACAAAAGUCAACUGCCCCGGUACCUUCCACCUAUUCAGCUUCCUCCAACUCAUCCCCAGCCAAGUCCUCUGCCCUACCCUCAAAGCCUUUCUUCAGCCUAGUGAAGUCCCUUUCCACAGAUGUGGAAUCUCGUGAGGCUCCCACUGUUGCCCCCCAGUCGAUAAGGCACCGGCAUUUGAUGAAGACCCUGGUUAAGUCUUUGUCCACAGACACUGCUCGAACCGAACAGGAGGCUUCAUUGACUCAUCGCCCCCCAGAUUCCCGUCUCAAUCUGCACCUUUUCAAGCCUUUCACCCAAACUCGUGUUCCUGCUGUCAGUGGAGACUCCAAAACUGCUCCCUCAUCCCCCCUCACCUCACCAGAUAGCCGCUCCUUCUUCAAAGUUCAGGAGGUGGAGGCACGUAUUGAAGACACUAAGCGCCGUCUGUCAGAGGUAAUGUAUGAGCCCCUUCAACUGCUUAGCAAAAUAAUUGGCGAGGAACCUGGUAGUGUCAGCACUUCCACAUCCACAACUGCAGGUGUCUCCUACCGGUCCAGAAACCUUUCUUCCAGCGCCUCUGAACUCUCCAACCUGUCUGCCCUCAAUGGCCACUCAGAAAGCAACAAUAACUACUGCAUCAAGGAAGAGGAAGACCUAGAGGGCGAAAGUCCUCUUGAUGGCGCAACUGUUGAGUUGCCUCUGCACAGGUCACCCUCGCUGGGCUUGGACAGAUGUUUUAUGUCAACACUUGCUCGUCAGGAAGAUGAAGAGUUCUGUGAGCUCUACCCUGAAGACUUUGAGCUCUGCAAUGACACAGAGUUAGAUGGAGAAGGACCUCAUUCAUCUCAAGUCCGACGAGGGAGUACAGGGGGAUGCAGUGAGGAACCAACUGAAGGAGGGGAGGAGGAAGAGGAAGAAGAUGAGCCUCCAGGAGUACCCCACAACAGACUGAUUCUUCUUAUAGCUAUAGUUUAUGGAUGCUUUGUUUUGCCACUGCCUACCUAUGUGUGUUGGGUGUUGACGGGAGUGGUGGCAGGUUUCAUGCUGGCAAUUCUGAUGGUGUGGUUGUCAGCAAGAAGCAGACCUUCAUGGGGCCGUCAUAGCGGCUGGAACAAAAGAGAGCAAUGGAACAGGGUUCCUCUGGAUAUCAAAGAACCUACCAUCUACAAGGGUUGGAUGAAUGAGAUCUACAGCUAUGACCCUGAGACAUAUCAUGCCACACUCACUCACUCAGUGUAUGUGCGUCUGGAGGGCUCUGUCCUGCGACUGUCCAAACCUAACCGCAAUAUUCCCCGCCGGGCAACCUUCAGCGAGCUCAAACCUGAUAUCACCUACAUUAGCCAGAAAAUCUAUGAUCUUACUAACAGUAAGAUCUACCUGGUGCCUCAGAGCCUGGCCAGGAAAAGGGUGUGGAAUAAGAAGUAUCCCAUCUGCAUUGAGCUGGCCAAGCAGGAUGACUUCAUGGCCAAAGCUCAGGAAGAUAAGACCGAGGUGGUCGAGGAGAAGACCCCUGCACCAGGAGAUAAGACUGAGACAGUAGGCACUAGUGAGGAACCUAAGAGAGCACACACACAACCUGUGCUCUACCUGUUUGGGAGGACAGGAAGAGACAAAGAGGAAUGGUUCAGAAGGAUGCUGUUUGCAUCCAAACUGAAAUAUGAAGCCAAGAAGCCCACGGGCCUGCCUACAACAGGCUGUCUGGCUCAGAGCCGCAGCAGCAGUCGUGGCAGCCUGGAUGAAGUGCUCCAGUCUCAUCCCAGACAAAAAGACCUUGGUGCCAGUGUCAAACAGAAAGUUCUGGAAUACAAUGUCUACAUGGCCAAAUAUGUCAGCCAGUCCACUGGCAGCCCCGCCACAAGCCCUGUUCAGAGUGCUGGAAGCAGUCCGGGAACCGUUAAAAAGUUUCCAGAGAGUCGAGAGCAGGAGGCAGAGUCUGAGGCCUGGGUCAAUGCUCUUUUGGGCCGCAUUUUCUGGGACUUUCUUGGAGAGAAAUACUGGGCAGACGUUGUGUCUAAAAAGAUCCAGAAAAAGCUGAGUAAGAUCAGGCUGCCGUACUUCAUGAAUGAGCUGACCCUCACUGAGCUGGACAUGGGAAUAUCCAUUCCCAAGAUCCUUAGCUCCUCCAAACCAUCUGUAGAUCACAGAGGCCUUUGGUUUGACUUGGAGAUCUCGUACAACGGUUCCUUUCUUAUGACUCUUGAAACCAAGAUGAACCUGACCAGACUGGGAAAGGAGGGAGAAGGCUUAGGAGAACAGGGAAAAGAAGGACCCAGACCACGCACUUACUUCCUGGCCGACAGUGAUGAAGAAUCGUCGAGUGCAGGAUCUUCUGAUGAGGAAGAUACUGCUGAAGUGCCUGAAAUUCCAGGAGUGGAAGGCUAUGUUGGGGGACACCGACCCAGCAAAAUCAUGCGCUUUGUGGACAAGAUUGCCAAGUCCAAGUAUUUCCAGAAAGCCACAGAGACUGAGUUCAUUAAGAAGAAGAUGGAGGAGGUGUCCAACACCCCACUGGUCCUGACGGUUGAGGUUCAGGAGUGUCAAGGAACACUAGCUGUCAACAUUCCACCACCUCCAACAGACAGGAUAUGGUAUGGUUUCAGAAAACCACCUCGUCUGGAACUAAAAGCUCGGCCUAAACUGGGCGAGAGAGAGGUUACUUUUGCUCAUGUGACAGACUGGAUAGAAAAAAAACUAAAUCAGGAGUUUCAGAAAAUAUUUGUAAUGCCAAACAUGGAUGACGUCUGGCUGCCUAUCAUGCACUCUGCCAUGGACACACGUUCCAAUGCCAAUGCCUUGAAGGACGAAGAAACCUUGGACCAUGAGGAAUCCCUUGAUGACAUGUGAAGAUAUGUUGCUGUAUAAAUCAGAAGAUAAAUACUAAAGUCCCAUGAGGGCAAGACUAUACCUGACUUGAAAAUUACAGGUGCCAUAUUGCCCAUUGAAUAGAGCUGUGAAAAAUCUGAACACAUCCAUAACUAAAAGAAAGGACAAUAAUGCUUGCUUGCUUGCUUGCUUUUGAUUUGAUUGGGACAGUCCGAAUGCACAUGCUGUUGGCCCUCAAACAGGAUAGAGAUUUUGGUGAUGCACUAAAAUGCGUAAAGGUGAUGGAUGUUAAACAAUUAGUGAAGAGGCAGUAGAACAAGGAAAGUCUAUAUGUGACUAGGUAAAGUGUACACUACCUCUGUUUGAUGCACGCUGACUUACCAAAAGUCCUGGGGUCGCAUGGCACAACCUAAACUCUUUCCUGCAAUAGCCCAAGGCCUGGUCAGCAGAUAUGAUUUACAAUAUGAGGGCUCUCACUGGACUUUUAGUAUGACAGGGUGCCUGCAAACCACCUUGGAGGGUUUGAUAUUUGAAGACCGUGAAUCCUUGAGUCACAUGUUACAACAUGUUUAACAGAAAGCCAAAAGGGGGCAGAUUUGCACCCAUUUUUGAUUUCCUCAUGAUUGUCAUAUGCUUCUAAGCAACAAAUAAUUUCUUAGACACAACAGACCUACCAUUACACCAUUAUCCUCUUCCAUUCACCGCUGCCUGAGCCUUCUGUGUGGCGCCCGAUUAUGCAAUUAGAUCAAUUUCACUGUGCUCAAGCGGGACACCAGCCAACAACCCUUCAUUCCUAGGCGAUCCCUACCAAAACAGACUAUUCUAGUGGAUAGGGUUCAAGAGCUUUCUAUGUGAGCUAUAUCCAGUCAACCAUUGCCCCUCUGGGUGUAGAUCAGUGGUUCUCAAAUGGUGGGUCGCAGGUCUGUUCUCAGUACAGCAGGGGGGGAAACAUGCUAACAAUGCUAAUGUGCAUAGUUAGGGUAGCUAAAUAAACAGACUAAUCAACUUCAUAAACACUUACCCAUAUCUCUGUAUAGUUUUAGUUCGUCAUCUAAUCAAACCUAGUGUAUUUUGGUGCAAAUUCAUGUCACAGAACCCAAAAAGAUGUCAAUUUGUAGGUUAACCUGGAAGGCUAAUUGAUCUACUGGCUAAUCUAGAAUUUUUUUUUAUUUUUAUUUUUUUUGAUUGUACGAGUAAAAUUAGGUGUGGUAAACAUCACUUAAAGAGGCUUACACAUUUUUACAUAAAUUAUAUAUCAAAUGUGAAUUUGAAGCUGCUGUUUUCAUAAAUGUUAAGUUGCUAGAUGAAGAGUACAACCCAUAAAUGAACAUCCUUGUGGUUAUUUGUAUUCCUUUAGAACCACUAUUCCUAAACCCCAUGGCAAAGUCCCAUGGAUUGAAAAAACUAAAUCUCUUAGAGGUUUUUGAACUAAAGCCUGAAUGGCUCUAUUUGGCAGAUGCUGAUUGGUUGUGUGACAUGCCCUUACCUUCAAACCAUUCAUUAUAUAUGGUUAUUAUUCACUUGAAAUGAAGAUAAUUUUGCGCUGACCACAGUGUUUUAUGUGGUGAAUUAUUGGAUUCUUGGGCUAAAAACAAGUGCUAUUCUAUUAACAACACCGAUAAACUCUUAUGUUGUGUACAUGUGGAGAAGAUUGUUGAAUGUACAAAGCAUUUUUGUUCACCUUGUUUGGCAUAUUUUGUCAAGUGUUGAUAUGUGUUCAUUGUCAGGUAGACUUUUUUUUUUUUUUUUUUUUUCUCGUUAUACUGCGCUUGCAGGUCAUAUGGUGUAUAAAUCAGUUAGGAAGUUUCUGUUGGAUUAACAGUGGCAAGUGAACUUUGCCAUCUAAAAUAUCAUGAAUGAAUUUUGACAUUCGUCCAUUAUCAGAUACUCUACAGGUAUUGACAGGUCUGAGAAAGUGUUUUAUAUCCAAACAUGACAAGGUCUGUAUCUUAGCUGGUGCUAAGGUGUCAAUGAACGUAAAUUGUGGCUGUUUCCACAUACAUUUUGGACUUGGGUCCAAAUAAUCAAUACUAAAUGUACCUUGAUUUCAAUGCGUUUACGUUGAAUGAGUUUGACUACAAUAUUGCCAUUCACAAUUUAUCUUUUGUGCGUGCUCUGCCAACCGCUUAUUCCUUUGCACAAUGUUUUAUGUUUAUAUUGUGUUCGGCCAUAUUGACAACAUGAUUGUGUGUGGAAAUUGAUAAACGGCUUUUGCAAAAAUAAUUCCGGUGUUUCCAGUAAUUUUUUCAAAUGCACUUCAAACUUGUAUAAUUAAUUCAGAAUUUUGUGGAUUGCUUUUAAAAGAGCAACUUGGAGGGAAAAGCCAAGAGGCUCCAGUUAUAACAAGCCUUUACUGUUGCACCGUUUCUUGACCCGAGUGAGCCAUGAAGGGGCUCGACAGGUUCAGUGACAGUGCGCCCUAUAACACAGCAACAAAUAAUAGACACAGACAGCCAAAGACAUCCAUUUUGUUUUAUUAUGCACAAACUCAAACACAUACAGAAUUUUGCUUAACCACAAAAUGUCCUUUUACCCUAUUAAAGUUAUACAUCUCACAAAAACACAUGGCAAAUAACUCCGAUUUGUCUAGAAUUAAACACAUUCAUUACAGAUAAGAGCAUGGUGUGGGACAUACAAACCUUAGCCUCUUCCAAUUCACCUUCACC